AUGGCCGCGCCGUUGGUCAUCGAGGUCGUGCGGGCGACGGGCCUGCCGCUGCGCGACGGCGACGGCGAGAAGAAGCGGUCGCCCUACCUGAAGCUGCACCUCGAGCCGGCGUCGGCGCUCGCCGCCGCCGCCCCGACGCCGGCGCCGCAGCGCGCGGCGUCGACGGAGUGCUGGGACGAGGACGCGCCGGCGCCGCCCCCCGCGGCCGCGCCCGAGCCCGCGCCGGCGGGCGGCGGGAGCCGCUGGUCGCGCGCCAAGGCCGCGGCGUCGAAAGCGCGCGCGUCCGCGGCGGCGUCCGCGACGAAGCUCGCGGCGCGCGCGUCCUCCAAGCUCGACGAGGCGCGCAAGAACUACGAGGAGCACCAGCAGCCCCCGCCGCCGCCCGGGUCGACGCCGGAGAAGGCCGUGAGCGGCCGGCCCAACGCGUCCGCGCCGGUCUGGCGCGCGUGGGCCCGCGUCGCGGAAGCGGCGGCACCCGGCGACGUCCUGAGCUGCGCGCUCUUCGACGCGACGGUCAUGACCAUGUCGCACUACCUCGGCGAGUGCCGGGUGGCCGUCGGCGACCUGGCGGCGGACGCGAGGCCGUUCCCGGUCGACCUCGCGCACGCGAAGCACCGGAGCGGCGGUUUGCCCUGCGCCCUCUGGCUCCGCCGCGCGCCCCUGCCGGCGGCCCUGGGCCGGCGGAGCGUGGGCUGCCUCGUGCUCCGCCACGGCGAGUCGUGCUGGAACGAGGCCCAGGCGGGCGGCGACUACGCGGCGAUGGUGAUGAACCGCGACCACGCGCUGACGCCCGCGGGCGUGCGCCAGGCCGCGCGGCUCAACGCGACGUGGAAGCGCGCCUGGGCGGCGAGUUUAGGCGGCGUCGCGUUCCGGGACGCGGAGUUGAGCGUCGCCGCGGACGAGAUGCCGCCCGUCCCGCUCGGCCCCGUGCGGUCGGGCGUCGGCGCGCGCGAGCCCGAGGACGACGGCCGGGCGCGGUCCGACGCGUCCCUGGGGCUCGACGCCGACGACGACGAGGCGCUGGGGCUGCUCCUGCGCGCGGACGGCGUCUGGUCCUCGCCGCUGACGCGCGCGGUGCAGACGGCGCUCGUCGGUUUGCACGGCCACCCGGCGCUCGACGUGCUGGAGCUCCACGCGACGGCGCGGGAGAUCAAGGGCAUGGGGGGCCUGGACUGCGUCGGGCUCGAGGUCGGCGCCGCGAACAUCGGCGAGCGCGUGGAGCGCAAGCUCGCGGCCGCGCUCGUCGCCGGCGCGGACGACGAGGCGGGCGUCACGAGCCCCGUCGCCAAGGAGGCGGCCGUGCUCGGCGCCGCGUCCCACGCCGCGGCCGCGGUCUGCGCGCCGAAACUCGUGUCGCGGGACUGCGACGCCCAGUGGUGGGUCGGCGGCUCGGACUACGAGACCGGCCCCGAAGUCGCGCUCCGCUACGGCGAGUUCUGCCGCGAGCUCCAGUACGAGUCGCUCUGCGGCGGGCGGCGCAAGCCCGUUAUCGUCGGCCACAGCAUGUUCAUCCGGGGCCUCUUCGAGCGCUUCCUGUCGGACAACGUCCGCGAGAAGCAGCCCGCGGCCGCGGCGGCGCUCGCGACGCGCAAGCUCCGGAACUGCGGCCUCGCGUACGUCGAGUUCGUCUUCGACGACGCGCACGACGCGCCGCCGGUCAUCGCCGACGUGCGGCUGUUGUUCGGGAGCCGGCUCGAGGCGCCGAAGAAGGACGCGGAGCCGCGGAGAAAGGACAACGACGAGUCGAAGCGGACGGUCGCGGACGCCAAGGCCAAGGCCGCGAAGCUCGCGGAGCAGACCAAGGCGAAGACGAAGCUCUUCGCCAGCAAGGCCCGGGCGUCGGCGCUGAAGCUCAAGGCGUCGCUGGGCAAGAAGGCCGGGGACUCGUCGCCGCCGCCCCCGGAGCCCCCGUCGACGCCGAGCCCGCCGCCGCCGGACGCCGCCGGCGGCCUCGACGACGACGACGACGACGAGCUGAGUUAUCGCGGACCGCCGUCGGCGCCCCCGCCGCCGCCGGACGGCGGCGCCUAAUUUUGUUGGCGUUUC